AUGAGGCGGCACAAUCCCGUGCGAGUUCCAGAUUCGCAUCUGCAGCACGGACUCGCCACUGCUGCAGCCUCGACUUCGGAAAGCAAGCGCGAAGCAGUCGUUCCUGUGAUUGAAAAGUUGGCGAGUCAGGAUGUCCAGGAAAGAAUCUGGGCAUGUGCUGCAGUGUCAAACUUGAUCCAGAACGAUUCAUCAACGCGGAGGCUGUUGCAAGGAAAGAAUGUCGUUGGAGCGCUCAUCGCACGUCUCAGCGACAAUGUCGAAGAAGUCGUCGUCGAGGCAGCUGGUGCUCUCCGAAACCUGUGCAUCGAUGGUGGAUACGAAAUCUGUGCCGAAAUGUUCAACAAGGGCAUCCUGGCACCUCUCAAGGAAUUUGUUCCUAAAAUCUCAUCAGUACUCGGUCAGAUUUUCACAGAUCCAAAGUCGGUCACAGAAGCAACUAGGUUUGUAUACGAAUUUGCGGAGAAUGUCAUUACGCUCUUCUGGUGUUUGUCAGAGACUUCUAGCAAGGCACUAAAUGCAGUCAAUCAACUAAAUCUUGUUCCGUUUCUCAUGGCUUUUUUGGACCCACAGUCGAGGGACAAGCUUCCCAUCACGACACUCACUGCGGCAGCGCAGUGCUUGUAUGUCCUUACCGAGGAGAAUCCCCCAGCGGCGGAUGAGAUCCGCGCGGUCUCUGCAUACAUUACCUGCCUAAUUGAUAUCGCGCGAGGAGACGUCAAGCUCUCAUCAAAACCAAACUCAAAAGUUGGCGAGUCGCUACAAUCUAGCUCGGAGGUCCGAGUGGUGGCGUUUAAGACGCUUGUAUGCGGUAUUCUGCGCAACAUACAGCCCCUGCCUAUUCUCGUACCUGCUGCUUCAAUUGACAUUGACCGGACAAUUAUCCUCCCAUUCCUUCUCCCAUUGCUUACUCUGGAUCCAGCCAAUUCGGUAGAGACAGUUCAAUCUCUCCUUUCCACCCAAGAAAAGGAGGUUUUAGAGAAGCAGCAAGUGGUCCUCAAGAAUGGUGCAAAAACCGAUCACAAGACCAAAGCGGAGGUAGAACUCGAAAGGAUCGAGUCGGAGCUACGUGCGGUGAAGCUCGCUCUGGAGUUGAUUACAGGAAUCUGUGCAGAACUCCCAGACCCAGAAGAGGGCGACGAAGAUGAGGAGAUUGAGGAGGAAGAUGAUGAGGAAGAGUGGGAGAGCGAUCGAGAAGAUGAUAUUACUAUGGAACACGAGCUUGUCGCGGACGGAGAGCCGACGCAAAAUGGUGUUCAAAGUCGUGAGGCUCGGUCUAUCGACCUUGUGGCCUCUAUCGUCCCCCCCUGCAUCAAGUUUAUUCAACCCACACCACUCUCUUAUCCACCAAGCUUUCAACCUUCUCCUCAUCCACCCACGACAUCUGCACUCAUCGGCGUGCAUAUUGCCGCCUUGGAAUGUCUCAACAAUAUCUCCCUCUCUAUAGCAGAACUGGGACUACCACCCUCGUCUCCAUCUGCCUCUGCAAUCUCUCAACAGAUGUCCGUGGUGUGGGACGCUGUAUGGAGUCUACUUGCGUCCAUCGGUGUUCCUGAGACAGGAGGGAUCGCUACUGCGUCACAGCAGAGGAUGCAGAUUUGGAACAUUUCUCUUGGCGUGCUUUGGGCUGUUGCUCGCAUUCGCAGAGGGGAUCCUCACCUCAUUCCUCAAGAAGAGAGGGUACGCGUGCUCAUGCAAAUGGCAGACACCACACAGGAAGAAGAUAUCAAGGUCAUGUGUCUCGGCAUCUUGGAGUGCCUAGCCAUGAAUCCAGAUCCGGCUCAUAUUGUAGCCAACAAGGUUAUCUCAGAGUAUAUACUCUCAUAUCUUCCCAACUCUGGCAUCUCUGGCACGUCUCGUCCUAUGCAGCCUGAAGUGAUCAUCCAAGCGGCCUCGUCUAUGAUUGACAUUUUCUCGGACGAAGACUCGCCAUGGGAUGUCAACUUUCGACAAGGAAAAUGGGAGGUUGCACUGCGGAAAUCAGUCGACGGCGUUCGGAAGGCGAUACGGUCGAUUGACCGGCGAAAGGAGGGCAGGCUGGAAUUGCGCAGACGAGGUGACGAAGUACUUGAAAACUUGACGGCGUUUAUCAAAUACCGAAAAGGGCUGAAGCUUUAG